GCGUGGACAAUUAUGACAUCAAAAUUGAAAGAGAUCAGAGCGAGUGAAGUUGUGCAGAUAUGUUCGACGUCCCAGAACAAAUCUGAAUCGUUGCCUAUACUAUUUUCAAUAAAAGGUUCCCGUAUAAGGACCUGAUUGAUAAUCUUUGCAUAGUCCAUAAAAAGUAGUUAAGAGUAGACCAUCAUUGUUAAAUUUCAGGUAUGAUAUAAUGAAAAGGUGCUGGAAUCGAAACCCUAACUUCCGUCCUCCUUUUGAAAACCUGCGACAAAGAAUGGACACAUACAUUCGUGAAGAGGUUUGUUUCUAGAAUUGACAACUUCCCAAUAUUUUAUGCAUUUUAAAGACUCGAAAACUUUUCAAACGUCUUACCUUGCCCCCAUGUGUUGGGGGCAAUACUUGGUAGCUUUGGUUUUAUUCCCGUUUGCUCUAUAAAAGCUUCAGCUGAGACCAUUCAUACUUCAGGUAAGAGACAUUUCCCAGCCCGUCAGGCCAUUUACGAGCAUUUCAACUUAUUGGCUGCUUCUGAUAUUUACGGCGGUUGUGAUCGUCCCCAGGGCAUAAAUCUGCUCAGUUCUACCCACCUACCUGCAACUUCUCUAUUUCUAGAGAAGAAAUAAGAAACGCACUUAGUUUAUCUGCGACAUUAAACCAAAGAGAUUCUCAGUACACCGGGGGAGUGAUCGCACUUUUCUGUUUGAUUUAGCUGUGAUUUAGCACUCUGCAGCUAAUGUAUAACCCUCAUUUGUUACUUUAUUCCUAAGACAUACUUGGAACUUCUUAACAUGGGCACUUAUGACAAGGCAAAAUACUCCAGGGUUGAAGAUCUCGGAGGUGAAGAUGCAGGACCAAGUGAGAAAGUUGCAAAGAGGGCCUCAGCUAAGAGAUUGGGAAAAUGGGCCAGUGAUCGUCGUUAGGGUAUAUAAUCGUCACUUUUCGGUGCUAAACUAAGUGUAGGUUUGUGUCAGUUAAAUUUCUCCAUAUAAAUAUUCGAAAACUAUUUGAAAGCAUUGUCCUUGAUUAACAAAAUGAUAGUACUAAAAGCACAAAAAAAACUAAUUAAUUCUUAAAGAAUGCCAAUAAUAAAUAAUUUAAUCGGUUUUAGAAUAAGGAAAAUUGGAUAGAUAUGAAUUAAACUUCCGAAAUCGAUUAAAUCAGAAGAGAAAGAAGGAAAGAAACAGAAAAUAACCUUCUUGAAAAACGACUCGUUUAUGCCGAUAGCUGUACUUGGUGAGCUUUUCAUUGUUGUAUUCUGAAACCAUUUAGUAAUUUUGUUUGUGGCAGACCUUGUAAGAGAUCUCCUAACGGCGAUAUGAAAUUUGGUAAAAUUUUGUAGUUUGGUAAUGAAUUAGUCGUGUCGUAUCAACUAGCACUGAGGUAUUCCUUAACGAAGUAUCAUCUUUAAAUUACAUAUUGCAUCACUUCUAGUGAUUUGUUUAACUUUCAAGUUACCUUUAUUUGAAAACAAGCGAUUGCAUUGUUAUUGACAUUUACCGUUUUGCUGUUAGUAUGAAAUGCUUUUAUCCUAAACGGAGAGAACCGUUUUAAUAGAGUGUGAGUUAAUUCAAAUUAAUAAUUUUCUUAAGUGCUUUCGAUUCGUAUGAGAAAAAAAACGUCAUUUAAAGGGUUCAUACUGUGGUAGACGGAAACAAUUUGUUAUGGCAAAAUGGAAUGCUUGUUUAAAACCGGACGAAAUGAGAGCACGUAUGAGCGCUUAAUUUUGCCCGCUAUCCAAACACAAUAAAUGGUAUUUAACAUAAUGUAAGACACUCUAUUUAGUAUCUGCAAUAAAAAAGAUUAGAGGC